AUUUUUCUGUGCUGUGUUGUGUGACUAACAAAAAGAAGCCAUUUUUGUGAAAAUUUAUUUUGUAGAAACUCUUAAAUUUGUAUAAAUAUUGGAUUUGUGUAGUUGUAUAUAGUUUUAAGAAUGGAUAACAUAGAGGAAUUGGUGGCUGCUCGAAGUCAACUAAAGGCUUCGAUAACUAAAAUUUAUAAUUUUGCAUCUAACAUUGGAGAAAAGAAAAUAAGGCUAUUGCUUUAGAGGUCACUACAGGGCAAGAAAGGAUGUCUGGAGCUACAGCUAGCAGACCUCAACAUGUAAGCUUGCUUACAAACAAAUCAUCAUGUGUUGCUGAGGGAGCGCAUACCGCUGUCACCUAGCGGCCCAUACCUAAUAAAUACCAAAUUAGGUUAUGUAGUGGGAGGAGCUGUUGUGGGAGCAAAUAUCAUGGGUGGCAGCUAUGGGAUCACCUGGCUUCAUGACCGGCAGUUUAGCAUCCAGAUUUAUCUCAGAUAGAUUUGGAAGACGAGCUACAAUUCUUGCUAGUGCUUUUCCUGUCACAAUUGGAACUAUAUUCGUUGUCAGUUCAUCAAGUGUAUGGCUUUUAUAUAUAACCAGAUUCUUGUGGGGUAUAGGAACUGGCAUAGUAGUGACGGUAUCUUCCAUCUACCUUGCCGAGAUAUCCGAUAAGGACAUAAGGGGCUCCCUCACAGUUAGCAGUCGCUACAUGUUCAAUUUCGGCAACUUCCUUGUGAUGGCUAUAGGUCCAUUCGUGAGUUACGACACCUUGAACUAUUUGCUGCUGGUGUUACCUGUUCUGUUCUUCAUUGCUUGUUGGUUCAUACCAGAAACGCCGUACUAUACUCUGAAGGAAGGAAAGGUGGAAAAAGCGAAAAAGAUUCUGAUGACGCUCAGAAACUUUAGGGAUCAGAAGGAAUUAGAAGAAGAAUUAGAAUCUAUGCAGAAAGACGUCAAAAAAGAAACAUUGCGCUCGGGAUCUCUCAAGGAGUUAUUAACUGGAAGGCAGUAUCGAAAAGCAGUUGUGAUAUGUGUAGGUCUUAAAGUAACACAGAUGUUGUCAGGUUCUAUCCUGAUACAGCACUACCUCGGCCUCAUUCUGAAGGACAGUAAAAUUAACAUGAAACUAUCCGUAGCGUUCAUUAUUUUCGGCGGAGUGCGAUUUAUAUCUGGUAUCGUAUCAUCUUUAUUGGCCGACCGAGCGGGUCGCCGGCCGCUUCUCAUCAUAUCAUAUCUGGGAACAUGCAUCUCUCUAGCCAUAUCUGGAGCUUACUUCUUCACCCUCGAAGUCUUGAAGAUUGACGAAGCAAUAAUUACUCCAUACGGUGUUAUCGCAUUUGGCGGAAUAGUUUUAUCUGUUAUCCUAUCCACAAUUGGAUUUAAUUCUCUAAUAUACGUGAUACCAGCUGAAAUGUUUCCAAUGAACGUUAAAUCAGUUGCUAUGACUGCUCUGAAUGUCUUCGGUGGAUUUUCAAAUUUUGCUAUAAUUAAACUGUACCAGCAAUUGAUCGGUUUGUUUGGACUCUUCGGAGUUUUCACGAUGUUCUCCGCAAUCAGUUUUGCUGGUACUAUAUUUUCCUUCUGUUUAGUUCCAGAGACUAAAGGUAAAAGUCUUAGGGAAAUAUUAGUGUCGUUACAAGGUACAACCUAUGAUGAAGCAGCUGAGAAUUUAAAUAAAGUCACUAUAGGUGAGAACGAGAUGAACGAAGUAAUGGAACUAAAGAGUAAAGAAGACAAAGAAUGCUAAACUCUUAUUUUAGGCGUAAGCAUGAAGGUUUACUAUGACUACUUAAGUUCAUUUCGAAUACUCAGUGACAUUUGAAGGUGGAAUGUAGGUUAAUUAAAAUCAAUAUAAAACAUCUAGUCUGAUUGUAUGAAUAAUUUGUUUAGUUUAAGCGAAAAAAGUACAAAUAAAUAUCAUUAUUGUUUC